GAGCAGAUGACUCUGCUGGAUUUCGAACUCUUCCAAAAAAUUGAUAUUUCAGAGGUGCUACUGUGGUCUAGACAGCAGACUGAGGAGUUGAGUCCUAACCUUACAAAGUUUACUAAACACUUCAAUGAUAUGUCUUACUGGUGUAGAACGCGAAUUGUAGAUAGAGAGGACGGAAAAGAGAGGGAGAAGUAUUUCAUCAAGUUCAUUAAGAUUAUGAAGCACCUCAGAGACUUGAGUAACUUUAAUUCCUACCUGGCCAUCCUGUCAGCCCUGGACAGUGCCCCCCUCAGAAGGCUCGACUGGCCCAAACAACAUGUCGAGACAUUGAAAGAUUUGUUCAGUUUGAUUGAUAGUUCUGCAUCGUUCAGAACAUACAGGCAGACGUUGGCUAGCACAGAACCGCCUUGUAUACCUUAUAUCGGUCUGGUAUUACAAGAUCUGACCUUUAUUCACGUCGGUAAUUCUGACACAGACGAUGACGGGAGAAUCAACUUCAACAAAUGUUGGCAACUAUUUGGCGUCAUCAGCAUCAUGUUGAGAUUUAAAAAGAGUUCUAGAUACUGUAUCAAGCGCAAUGACAAGAUAAUUUCAUAUUUCAACAAUUUUGACGACUUCAUUAGCGAAGAGUCACUCUGGCAGAUGUCUGAAAUGAUCAAGCCUAGAAUGAAGAAGAAAAAUUAG